AAUCCACAACAAACACAGUAGCUAAAAAUAGAAAAAGUCACUCAGUUGGUCAGAUAGAUACUUCAGAGGUCUUUGGUCUCUGCACAGCGUGGUGAGGCAGUGGAAAUAACUAAUCGUCACCCAAGUGAAUUUGGAUGAUCCUCGAAAAGCUUCUGGAAACUUCGUCUUGUGCUUUUUGUGUUUUUGACUGCAUCACCAUUUGAUGAACUUUGCCCCUCAGGCAGUGGGAAGUGCGGCGGGUCGCUCAACAGGCGACGGGGGUUUGAACAUGGAGAACCUCCAGAAGCAGCUGGUGUGUCCCGUCUGCCUGGAAAUGUUCUCCAAGCCCGUUGUCAUCCUGCCCUGCCAGCACAACCUCUGCAGGAAGUGCGCCAACGAUGUCUUCCAGUCAUCCAACCCGUCGUGGCAGUCCCGCAGCUCGACCAGCUUGGGAAGCCGCUUCCGCUGCCCGUCGUGUCGCCAAGAGGUGGUCCUGGACCGCCACGGAGUCUACAGUCUGCCGAGGAAUCUGCUGGUGGAGAACAUCAUUGACACGUACCGGAGACAACAGGACUGCAGGAUGUCCAGCGUGAAGCCGGAGUCGCUGAUAUGUGAGGAGCACGAGGACGAGAAGAUCAACAUCUACUGUUUGUCCUGUCAGAUGCCGACAUGCUCCAUGUGCAAAGUGUUCGGAUGCCACAAAGAGUGUGACGUGGCGCCGCUCAGCAGCGUCUAUGUCAGACUCAAGACGGAAUUGAGUGACAGCAUCGCCGGACUUGUUGCCAGCAAUGACAACAUCCAGGCUGCCAUCACGCACAUGGAGGGAGUGUGCAACGCUGUCCAAGAGAACGCUCGCCACAGCCGCGAGGAAAUCACCAGCCAGUUCGAGGCUCUGACGGCCAUCUUGGAUGAGCGCAAGCAGCAGCUGGUGGGCCUAAUCACCAAGGAGCAAGACGAAGAGCUGCAGCGUAUACGGCAACUCAUCGGUGAGCAUGGGCAGAGGUUGGAGGACAGGAGAGAGCUGGUGGAGACGGCAGUGCACGCGGCGGACCACACGCACGCGGCGGUCUUUGUCCAGGCCAGUCUUCUAAAUACCUAGUCGAUGUCGGCGUGCGCUCGUGAUGCCAACGUCCUGCGGCCGCAGCUCUCUUUCGACAACAUGAGCCAUUUCGUCAUCGACGUGGACGACAUCGCAGACAUGUUGAACGACAUCCACUUCCGACACGGUGAAGACGACCUCGAAGACGACUCCGAAGUGGACUGACAGUCUCCACCCGCAUGCUGUGAGCCGAGCAGACAAGCAGGUCCCUGUUCUCCAUGAGCUUCCUUCACUCCAGGAAGUCCCUGACGAGGUCCCUGCAUUCACAACAAGGGUCCCCGAUCUGACAUGGAUUUAUCAUGAGGUUUUUGCAGUAAUUUGACUUGUCGUCACUCUUUGUUGUAUAAUUAUUUUUUUUUGCAUAUGCACGUAUUGUUAAUUAAAAAAAGACAUAUAUUCUUGUUUCAAA